GGCGCUGAUAGCAUGGCUUCACAAGCCUCUCCGUUUCCUCCAACUCGAGCGCUCCAGAUAUCGCCAUCGCAGGUGCUGUUCGAUGGCGUCAAAGUGGGCACGGCGUACGAAAAAGAGGUGCACUUGACGAAUCUUCUUGCCACGACUGUCCAAGUGGUCAGCAUACAGAAUGCACGAAGGAGUAUCUUCGUUUCUUAUCACGUGUUGUUGGCUGUGUGUGUUCCUUCUUGGUUGUUUAGGAGGUCCGGCAUCCCCAUGGCGAUCGCUACAGCGUAUCCCCCCGCACUCUGUCACUCGAGGCGGGGCAAACAGCACCGAUACGGAUCAAGCUCAAACUCAGCAGGUGAGAGAUACACUUCUCAACCCACUCAUCCGAUUCAUCGUCUGCCUUGUGUGUCAUGCAGGCCUCCCACGCGCGCCUCUCUCCCCUCCGCCCCGCCACCUGGCGCCCGUCCGGCAUCGCGGUCGCCAGGCACACUGAGGGAUGUGUUCACCAUCAAGAGCGACUUCUUCGACCAGAAGUUCACUGUCGUCAUCCAGCCAUCAGGUUGGGCGUGGGCAUGCGAAUAUACGCACCUGUGGUCGUGUCCUCACCUCUGUGUCUGAGUGUGUGUAGGUGACAUGUACAUGAGUGGCGGCGGUGCUGCAGCGAUGCGCACACGAGGCGGCAAUAGCAGGAGCCCGCCCGCGAGAAGCAAAACGGAUAGCCAUGCAGGUGCGCAAAGCACGGAUACUCUCUUUAUGACACAAAUUACCCUCCUUUAUCUAUGUGCAGACGUGCGUAUCGGCCCUGCCGGCAGGCCUGGGGACGAGUCAGAGCUGCCUGCGUAUGUGAGGGAACUUGUCGACACCUGGAAGGCGAGGUACGCAGUUUCAACAUGCACAAACGUCCUAGUGUUGUGCGUUCAGUCUAUGCAUCCACGAGUGCAGGGUACGUGCGUUAGAGACCGAGGCGAGCAUGUUGCGGGGGCAGCUGGAGCCGCUGGCCUCGCUGCAGCGGGCCCACGAUGACGCUAAGGGGCAGAUCGUGGACCUCACGACUCACAAUCUCGCACUACAGGGAAAGGUAACGUUACACACACAUGGGCGUACGUGUGUAUACUCACCCUUGUGCGUGUGCAGUUGGACGAGCAGGCGCAGCGUGAGGCCUUCUGCAAGGAGGUGGAGCAGCGCUUGCAAGGGGAGGCCCCCGACUUCCACCAGCUGCUGCACGACACCAUGGCCGACGAGCGGCAGCAGACGGAGCACAAGAGCCAGAAGGUCCUCCAGAUACUCGCCGUCAAGGACGAUCGCAUCGCUGAGCUGCAGAAGCAGCUCGUCGACACACAGGUCGGUGGGUUGGUGCAGGUGUCAAGGGCAGCCAUAUGCCGAUGAUGUGUGUGUGUGUGUGUGUGUCAGGGCGGCCGCGAAGCUGCUGAGGGUCGCUUGCGCGAAGUGCAUCAGAAUCUAGAGUGAGCAGGCGGGGAGGGAACAUUGUGCGUUUACCCAUGUGUGUGUGUGAUGCAUGUACACAGUGAGGUGGAGAAGAAGCAGGAGCGGCUCAUGCAGGCGCUGCAGCAGUGCAGGAAACAGGUGAAGCUGAAGACACACUCACACGCAUCCACGAUAUGCUUCAUUCAUGCAGUUCAUGCAAGAGGGGCAGCUGGAGGACGCGCGCAAACAAAUCGACGAGUAGCCAGACACAACCCACACAAACACAAACACAGACACAGCACCAAUCCAAUCUUCCAACAAAUGUAUCCAGGUUAGAGAGUGACAACAAGGCCCUGCGUGAGCGUCAGUCGCAGCUGGAGCGCGAGAGCCGCACCAAGGGUGACCAGGUCGCCCAGCUCAAGGGUGAGGUGGCCCGCCAGACAGAGCAGCUCGAUGCCGCCGCGGCCCAGCUGGAGGAGUGGCAGCAGAAGCUCACCAAACACGCACAGGUAUGUUAGACAAAAGGCGGAAGCUCAGCUCAUGUGGUGGAUGGAUGGAUGGAUGGAUGUACGUUUGUGUCUGCAGUCGCACGCGUCUGAUCGCGCCAAGUGGCAGGACAGAAUCGCUGAGGCAGAGGGGGCGCUGGAGGUCCGUCGCUGCAUGCAGCAGACUUGGCCUGUGUCUUCACGUCCUUGUGUGUGUGUCAGCACCACCGUGUGGAGAAGGUCCGUGCCGAGAAGCAACUGCAGCAGUUGAGGAGCAAAGUGGAGGUCGACAAGGCGCGCAUCGCCACACAAACAGAACCCACAGCCGAAGGUCCGCUAUCAGAGACAAAGACACAGACAGAGGCACCCCCAGACCUCGCUGUGUGUUUUGUGUGUUGCAUUGCAGAGGAGGAGGCCGAUCGGCUUCGCGAGGAGAUCUCGUCCCUCACACUCAAGCUGCAACACGCACACGCACAGAUCGACCAGGUGAGGGCCCUGGACACCCGCGGACACCCACCGAGUGCACAUCCUUCUCUUCUGUUCUUCCCCAAUUCAGCACAAGCUGCGGGCUUCUCAAGUGGAGCAGCAUGCCACUCUUGACGACUCCCUGCAGCACAUCGAUAGUGGAGCGUUGGGCGGGGAGGAGGGCGGCCAGCAGCAGCUCGUUGCUGCCCUCAACUCCCGCCUGCAGGCCGCCAAGGUCAGGUGGCCACAUACACGCACACACGUACGUCCAUUGCGUAUGCGCGUUUGUCAGAUGCGUGAGCAGCGCCUGUUGAAAGAGUUGAAGAAGGCCGAGGCCAGGGCGGAGAAAACUGAGGUAAGCACGCAGCCGUUUCUGUAUGUCCUUUCUCCGAUUCAUUGGCUGUGUGUGCGUGUGUGGAUGUGUGCAGCGUGAGCUUGGCACCCAGGUAGCCCAUCUUGAGGCGCAAGUCAAGGUAUAAUGUCACACAUCCACCGUCUAAUCCACCGACCCCCCACAUUUGUUUGUCCCCCCAUCAGGUCCCCGCCAUGCGCUCGGAGGCCACACAGACAACAGACGAGGUCUGCAUGCACACAUGCCACCGUAGCUACGUAGGCCGCCUCUGCAUGCCCUUGUGUCGAUGUCCAGGCGUCGAGUUGGCACCCCUUUGAGGAGUUCCUAAGCACCCGUUCGAGUGAGUUCCAGGCCCUCACACACGACCUCCAGACACAAGUGGCCGCACUGCAACACGACAAAGCUGACCUGCAGGUAUAUAUCCACAGCCAGAUAGAUGGUUGCCAUUACUCUCUCUCUACCUCUGUGUGUGUUGUGUUCAGCGUGCGUUGGAGCGUGACGUGAGUGAGCGUGAGAGGCAAGUCAGCGACCUGCAGACCAAACUCACACUCAACACACAGACGGUAUGCGCAGAUGGGACACGCCUGUGGAUGGCCAUCCAUAGGAGUGUAUCCCAUGCAUGGAUGUGAGCAGCUCGAGCACGAGGUGGACGACCAUCGGUCCCGCUGCGAGGGGCUGAAGAACCAGCUGGCCAUCCGCGAGGACGAGGCACGCCACAUGGCCGUCGACAGGGACCGGCACAUCGACGAACUCACCUCGCACAUCAAGGACUUAGAGCGCACCAUACAAGACAGAAACAGGUGGGUGACGACUGAUGGAUGGUGCAGAUAGGGAGGAGGGUGGACCAAGGAAUGUGUGUAUGUGCGGGGGUUGGCUUUAGGUCGAUAUUGUCAUUGGAGAAGCAGAAGAUAGCUCAGGAGAGCAAGACCAAGGAGCGCCACCUUCAGCUCUGCCAGGCCGUCCAGUCACUCGACACCAUACAGAAGAGCAUACGGCAACAGCAGCAGCAGGAUGGCGGCCAACAGAGCGGCGACGCCCCCGCCCCAGCAGCCCCCGCCCCUCCCUCGCCCGUGCUGGACGUGCCGUCAGACAUCAGCAGGCUCAUCGACAACAUGCAAGACGACAACACAGUACAGGUAAGACCCACACAGCCACACACAGAGACCCCUCCCAACUCAUGUGUAUUUCCCAUCGCUCAUUCCUUUCUCUAUGGUGCAGCCUCUCCCCCUCUCACAGCCCCCCGAUUCGUCCGGUGCCCACACGGACCUCCACGAUCGUCUGUGCUCCCUGUCGGCGCAGCUGCUGACGCAUAUUCACGAGCAGGCAGUGAUGGAGCGGCGUCUGGAGAUGUGUCAGUGCGACCUCAGCUGGCAGCUGGCCAAGGAGAGGGAGGGGCAGGAGAGGACCGCACGGAUGGACGAGAGACUUCGGGCGGGGGAGCGGACGGAGAGGUGGCUGAGGUCGCAGCUGGCGUCCACUGAGAAGGAGAACGCCGCGUUGCGCGAGUGAGUGAGAUGGACACGUAUGGGUUGGUGUUUGGGUUGGGUGAGAUGGUGGGGCACAUGUGCACGAGUUGUGGCUGUGCGUGUUCAGGGAGGUGCAGAUGGGUCGUCGUCGGCUGGCUGAUGCGCAGAGGACAGAGGAGCGGCUCACACACGAGAACACCACACUCAACAAACAAAUAGAAGUCAGCACCACACCAAUCGGACACACACCUGUCUGCCCAUCGGUCACGCGAUUGCGCACGAUCCCUGCUCGCCUGCCCUGUCUGGAUGCAGGCCUGGAAGUCGGACCUCGAUUCUCUGCACAGCACGCACCUGCAGUCCCUCCAGGAGGAGCGCGCCAGCCACCAGUCCAUCCUCUCAGCCCUGCACAACCCACCGCCCUCUCUCCUACCGUCCCCACACACAGCACUCGUCCCCCUCACAGAGGAGCUGGUCUCCAUCAGCAAGCAGCUCGAUGCCGGUCAGCUGCAGCAGGGCAUUGUGGAUCGGUGGGGCGAGUUGCUGGUGGAGUGCGGCCGGCGUCUGGCCGAGUGCGAGAAGCGGGGGGUGGUCAAACAUGUGGUGGCACAUCUCUAUGAGGAGGAGCUCCGGGUCGCCAGGGAGAGGGAGGCGGAGGCCAUACGCGCGCAGACGCUCCUCAAACAGCAGAACCAACAACUCGAGUAGGUCACAACAAACGAGGAACUGGCGAAACAGAUCACUGUCCCUCGUGUCUAUCAGGCAUCGGUUGACGGUGGAGUCGCCCAUCCAGUCGUCUUUCCUGACCCGUCGGUGCGACAUGGGCGAGCGGCGCAUCGCCGACCUGGAAAAGGACCUCCUCACCGCCAACCGCAAGCUCACCGAGGCCACGUUCGAGGCACAGUGCCUGGGCAUGGAGAACGACACGCUGCGCGGGGAGGUAGAGGGGCUUAAACACCAGCUGACCAGAGCCGAACUCGACAAGAAAGAAACUGAGGUAAGAAGGAAACCCCGCGGGAUGCCUGGUGGUUGUGCCUUUGACUUGGGUGUGGUUGUUCAGAUGACGGCGCGUGGUGUGGCGGAGGAGUCGGUGAGGGCGCAGCACGACGAGUGGCGUAAGGAGGUCAUCGCCACGGCCGUGUCGACACUGCUGUCCAGGACAGAGGCACUGCUGCCCGCAGAGGCCGCCGAUCUGCUCAGACAAAGCGAGGAGGGGCGCAUCACUGCAGAGCUGGCACUUAAGGUACACACGCACAUACCUGAGAGCCUGCCGACGCACGUGUGUUGAUCGAUGCAUUCAUCCAUCAGGAGUUGACGGAGCGCAACAGCCUCCUGUCGGCCCAUCUCGACGCCAAGACCUACCAGAUCGCCACACUGCAAGCCGCCACCCCAGCCACACACCCCCAACAACCACACCCCCUCCCUACUCGGCCGUCCCAUUCGCUGCGUCGUCUGUCGGUCCCCGCACUCCCCUCCCCACACACAGAGACGGAGGGAGGGGACUCGACCGCUCGAUCGUGUCCCGUGACGCCACCCAAGAGCGGCGGUGGUGUGUUGGAGAGGCGGGCGGAGGCGGGGAUGGAGGCUGGUGUGUUGAAGGGCCGGGUGUGGGAGGUGGAGUUGAUGAACGAGAAGCUGCGGGGAAUGCUGGCUGAGAGGGACAUGCAGCUGGAGAGAGAGAAGGCCAAGACUGACGUCAUGGGGUCAGUCAACGAUUGCAACGGCACACGCGCGUCUUUAUCUGUCUGUGUGCAGCAAUGAGCUGCGGAUUUACCGCGACAAGGCCGAGAGAGCCGCCCAGGCCCAGACAGAGCUAGAGCGGACCAAGCAACAGCUCACCGAGACUCAACAAUGGUCAGCCACACACCCAGGAGCGCUCUCACACACGCAGUAUGUCUUCUCAGGACUGAGCGGACGUGUCAGUUGCACCAGGAGGAGCUGCAGUCCCUCCGCGCCGCCCACUCGCUCCGCAUUCAGCAGCUCACCACACAGCAGGAGGCCGACCGCACCCAACACCACACACUCGCACGGCAGUCGGUGGCCGACCAGAUCGCCCAGCUGCAGGCCACCAUCGCCGAACGGGACAGUGCUCUCAAGAGCUCUCAGACGAUGAUCGACCGUCAGCAGAGGGCUCUGGUGGCGUGCCGGUCGUUUCUCGGCCAGAGAGGAGGCGGGCAGGAAGACGGCAGCACCAGCACCAGCCCUCUGCUGUUCGACGCUCUGAUGGAGUCCAUCCAGCGGCUGGCCAUGGUGGAGAUGGGCAGCACUGUCGUGACAGCGGUCAGCCACACCUCUCACUCGAGCACACCCAUAGCCACGCCCCUCACGUCACAAGCGGAGGAUGACGACACAGCCAAGGCCGCUCCCAGGUUGCAGAGGAAGGGGCGAAGCGCAUCCGUCACAGGGGGCAGGAGGGCGCGCACGCCGAUGGCCCGGAGCAGGUCGACGACGGUCGUCGGUCAGGGGGAGAGGAGGCGUCUGGAGGAGAUGGAGGGCGCUCUGCAGGGGCAGAGGCAGCUGAUCCUUCACUUGCUUGGGCGAGGCCUGCGAGAGGGCGGCCGGGAGGUGACGAUGGACAUGCUGUUCGCGGCAAUGGAGGGCAUUGCGAGCGCCCUUGGCCGGCUGGAGACCCAGCUGCUGCAGCACCAAGUGGACACCCUGGUCACCAGCACCACUACCGCCGCCGCUGCAGUCCAUCCACCCACCACCCUGUUGCAGCAUGCCCUCGCCCUCACGCGGACCAUUCAGAUGGAGAUCGAGCACCACCGUCAGACCCUCAAGAGCCAUCCCAUCCCUCCCCCUCCCCCGCCCCCACCCGCUCCGCAAGAGAGGCCCCUCAUGGUGAUGCGAGGCACAUCGCCAAUCAGGCGGACCUCUUCACAGCCGGUGGGUGUGUUGGAUGACGGCAGCAGGGGGGUGCUGGCCAGACGGCGAGUGGAGGGGAGGGACGAGCCUGACCUGAUGAGGAGAGAGGUACGCAGACACCUGCAAAGGGGAGAGAGUGGUAGCGGAACAUGUGUGUGGUUUAUGUCUUGUGUGUAUGCAGGACCACGAGGCGCUGCUUGCGAGUCACCGUGAGGCGUGGCAGUCCCGGGAGAGGGAGCUGAUGGCUCGGCUGCGGGAGCUACUUGACACACAGAAACAGCUGCACGGAAGCUUCAAGGCCACCAAACAACAACUGGAAGAGGUAUACACCCGCAAUGCCCCACGGACCCACACACUCCUGCGCACAUUUCCUGUCUGUCAACUCGACUUGUCCACCAGACGACGGCUGCUCUGCAUGGGUCGAAGCGGCGCGAGUCGACCCUCGAGCAGGCCCUGCAGCACUCAGUCCAGCAGCCCAUCCAGGCACCAUCACCGGCACUCCCACCACCCGCCAGCCCCACCAAUCUCGCCACAUCGUUCACACAGACGCCGCACCCGCCUGUGUCGCUAUCCCGGGCAACACAGACCCAUGCGGCUCCUCCCCCUGCACUGCUUGUCGACAGGAGUGUGGCUACUGUGCCACUACCUGUGGCUGCUGCGGACCGCACUGUGAUGACAGAUGCGCCAAGCCCCCCGCCAAUGCUCAUCGAGAGAGCUGUGUCAACUGGCCGGCCCCCAGAGGCCAUCUCGAGCCACGCCCAGACCGACCAGCCAUCGCCAGCUUCAGCACGGCCGACAGAUGUGUCGGAGGUGGCCCUGCAGACACAGCCAUCUACUCAAGACGCAUCGGUCAGCACCAGCGCCCUCCCAAGCCGGCCACCCCACCAGCCGCAGACAACACAGACGGACGCCCUCCCCUCCCCUGCGCCCCCUCCCCCCAUCCGAGCACCAUUGCCGUCGCCCGCAUGCCCCCCGCCGUCAGACCGGCCAACGCGGUCACUGUCGCCCCACACACGAGGUGCCCCUCCCUCUUCGUCUCGCCAAUACGACAGCAACAAAACAACAGCAAGAGACGGCGAAGAGGUGCGCGAGCGCAGCCCCGGUCGCGAGAGAGAAGUAGUGAGAGAGGGGGGCGAUGGUAUGGAGGCACUGGAGGCGUCUUUGCGAGCUGAGCAGCAGAAGGCGGGUCGGCUGCAGGCCGAGGUGUUGCUGCUGCAGAGGCUGGUGGCUUCCACGGCCACCAGUGCUCGCGAGAAAGGCCUGGUGCAGAGGACACUGGCUGGCAGGGAGGGGGACGCCUCGGCCAGAGAAGAGGUCAGACACGCAACAAGGCAGCGUGUGUGCUCCCUGUGAUCGAUCAUGGGUGCCCUGUCCGCUUUGCGUGUUGUCAGAUUUGCGCCCUUCAACGAGCUUUGGCAGCGAUGGGCCAGCCUAGGAGCGAUGUGUCCACCGACGCUGUGCAGCACCGGCAGCUCAUUCACCUGCAGGUACAUGGAUACAAACCCAGCACCACCUGGCUGGCCCUUGUGUGAUCGUGUCCCCUUCUGUCUGGCAUGAAUGCAGAAUGAGAAUGCCCACCUACUGGCCCGUGUGGAUGCACUGCAGCGGUCCCUUCGCCAUCUCACCAACCAGAACCAGCGGCUCACACAGCACUUCCGCAGACGACACUCGCCCCCGCCACCCCUCCAGCGCGCACCGGCCGCAAACCGACCAAAGCAGCAGCAGAAGCAAACCAAGGCUGUCGCACCCAAGAAGCGACCUCAGUCGGCUCAGCGGGACAAACCCGCCAGCCAUGCAGCCAGGAGGAAUCGGUCGGCCUCGGCCGAGCCGCCCUCUUCGCCCGCUGCUGCUGCUGCUGCGAUGCCUCUCCCACCUGCCCAGGCAGCACCUCGGCAGGACCCCCAGCAGUCGAUUGAGCUGGCGCAUGCCGUGCAUGAGGUGGUGCAUUUGCGUCGUGAACUGGGGAUGGCUCUGCACAGGGAGCGGGUGCUCGGGCAGCAGCUGGACGUGUGGCGACAACGCAUGGAGGACUUGAUGACGCGACCACCUCCACCGCCCCCACCCACGACAGCGGCUCCUCCCGCCCUCCCGGCCGUCAGAAAGGUGUCGGAUUGGUGCCAGACGGACAGCUGGGCGGAGAACGAUACCCAAGAGAGGCUGGCUGGCCACAGGAAAGAGAUCAAGAGGCUGAGGGGUGAGGUCGACACGUGGAAGUCGCGGGCAGACGCGGCCAAGCAGAAGAGCGCGUCAGAUGACGGCGAGAUCGCUGCAUUGCGUCAGAAGGUCAUGGAGCUCCAGGAUCAGCUCAGGAGUGCCCGGUUCGACAUCCAACGCAAGCGGCAGAUGAUCGACGGACUCAAGGAGAAGCUCGCCGCCAUCCAGGCAGCCCCUCCCUCACCCCCACAGCAGCAGCAGCCGAGAGCGAGGCCGGCGAGGCGGUCGCCCAAGGGGGGAGAUCACUUCGAUGACGAACUGGACGGGCUGGUGGACCGUGAGCAGGAGGACAUGGAGGGACUGUUCGGCGGCAGUGAGCGCAACAAGCUGGUGCGGGCACACAGGGAGCUGCAGAGGCGGGAUAGCAUGCUCGAGGCCGUCAAGGGGGAGCGCGACACACUGAUGAAGGAGCUGGAAACGGCGACACACAAAGGUAGGUACAUACGCGAUACAUGCCAUCCAUGUCUGUCUGUCUGUCUGUCGUCAUUCUUGCUUGCCCUUGUGUGUGUAUGUGGUGCGUGUGAUCAGUUCGCGAGCUCGACGAGAAGCUCCGUGCGGUCCGUGGUGAGGUGGGCAGGAAGGAUGGCUACCUGGCAGACGUCAAGAGGAAGGCGGGGCAGCUGGAGGCCGAGGUCUGCACCCGUCAGGAGGAGAUACAGCGGCUGAGGGACAAGCUGCAAAGGUGCAAACACGAACUCGAUCGCCGGUGAGCAGCCUAGCCGCACACAAGCGAUGAUUCCAAAUCCGCCCUUUCAUCUUUCGUCUCGCGUCUGUUGAUCAGGGAAUCGCAGGUUGAAGCUCUUCAAGCCAAGCUCGACUCGCUGUCCCGCUCUCCUUCCCAGCCCGCAGGCUUCGCGCGUCGCAAGAAGGCCCCCUCACCCCCAUCGGCCGCCAAGGACGCGCCAAAGCCGAACAAACACAGCUACCACCGGCGGAGGGCCCACUCCCGCCCACGCGUGUCAGGUGUCCAGAGCGACAUCGAACCCGACGAUCCCCCGGCAGCCCCCGCCCCUGCCCCACCCCUCUCUGCCCGUGAGGCCGGUGCAGCCUCAUCCUCAUCGACCGAGCCACACUUCGACUAUCGUCGCUGCCUGCGUGAGAUCGUCACUCGGUUGUCAGAGGACAGAGGGCGCGAUGCGGCGUCGGGGGACGGCGGGGGGGCCAUCGUGGCGCGGAGGGGGGAGCAUGACGAGAGUGUGGCGGAGUCUCUGCGGAUACUGAGGUUGGCACCUCACGAGUUGGAUGAAUUUCUGGAUGGUGGAGGGGAGUGGGAGGAUGGGGGACGUCGCAGACCCCCGUGUGUAGAGCUGGAGGCCCUUAUGGAUGGUGGAGAGGUGGCGCCUGUUGUGCAGCUCAUCACUGGGUUGGCCAACAACUGAAUGAGGGGGAUGGGUGGGGAGUGGGGACAUUUGUCCAGUCAGUUUGUGUGCAUAUCGAUGGUUGAACCGUGUACAUGAGAGACGCUGGCUGGUCGGUACGGUCAAUGCCCGUCGGUGCAUAUUACUUGCUGCGGAGUUUGAUGUAAGUGUGUCUG